UCUCCGCACCAACGGAUCAGAGCACUUCGUUUGUAUCGCUUUCCUUAUAAAUGAAAAGGACGCUUUUUUAUGUGAAUAUAUUUCCCUCUCGUAUUCACUGAUUCCUCUUCUUCCAUUUUCGCCGCCGAUCGACAAACUCGCCGGAGCAUUCGGUUCUAUGGCAUCCACCGUCGCAGGGUCCAGCAUCGUCGCACUCAAGUCGGCCGGUAAGCUCGCCGACCGGGAGAUCUGUCAGGUGCGGCAAUGGGCUCCGCUUCAGUCCUUGGCUCGUCCCGGAGGAGGACUGCGAUGUGGAUCGAGACGAUCGUAUGCUUCCUCCGUAGUGAAAGCUCAGGUUGCCACUGCUGAGCAAUCAACACCUGGAGCUGUUCAAAAGGCGGAAUCUCCAGUGGUGGUUGUGACUGGAGCCUCUAGAGGGAUUGGUAAAGCAAUUGCUCUGUCCUUAGGGAAAGCCGGCUGUAAGGUCUUGGUAAAUUAUGCUAGGUCAUCAAAGGAGGCUGAAGAAGUCUCUAAAGAGAUUGAAGCAUAUGGUGGCCAGGCUCUUACAUUUGGCGGUGAUGUGUCAAAAGAGAAUGACGUGGAAUCAAUGAUGAAAACUGCUAUUGAUGCAUGGGGAACCAUUGAUGUCUUGGUUAACAAUGCGGGAAUUACUCGGGAUACCUUGAUGAUGCGAAUGAAGAAAUCUCAAUGGCAGGAAGUGAUUGAUUUGAAUCUCACUGGAGUAUUUCUAUGUACUCAGGCAGCAACAAAGAUCAUGAUGAAGAAGAAAAAGGGAAGAAUCGUUAACAUAUCAUCCGUGGUCGGCCUCAUUGGUAACAUUGGCCAAGCAAACUACGCAGCUGCAAAGGCCGGAGUCAUCGGUCUCACCAAAACCGUUGCCAAGGAGUAUGCAAGCCGGAACAUAAACGUGAAUGUGGUGGCUCCUGGAUUCAUUGCAUCGGACAUGACUGCUCAGCUUGGAGAAGAAAUGGAGAAGAAAAUCUUGCAGACUAUCCCGUUAGGGAGGUACGGACGACCAGAAGAUGUAGCUGGACUUGUAGAAUUCUUGGCCCUCAAUCCCGCAGCCGGCUACAUUACAGGACAGGUGUUCACCAUUGACGGUGGAAUUUCCAUGUAAGCCUUUUUUUGGCUUACAUCCUUAGCAGCAAGUUUCAAGUUUAGGCAUUACAUACACAUACAUGUGUGUGUGUUUGUUAGACGAGUGGAGGGUUCUUUUUUUUUGUUGGUUUUGAAUUUAUUAAAGAGGUCUCUGUCUGAAUCGGAUAUUUGGUGCUCUUGGGUUUUGACACACUACCAUUUUGAUGAUUUAUUACUAUUAUUAGUUGUUUGGUCAAA